AAAAAAUCGACAUAAACGACAAGAAUGAGUUAGAUUUAGAUACGAAGUUUUAGUUACAUAUUUGAAUUCGUCACUUCUACGCAAAAAUUAUACAAAUAAAGAAAAAUCACAAGUGAAAAUAUGUUUAAAAAUACAUUUCAAUCGGGAUUUCUUUCCAUUUUAUACAGUAUUGGUAGUAAACCCCUUCAAAUCUGGGAUAAGAAAGUAAGAAAUGGCCAUAUUAAACGGAUCACGGACAACGACAUACAAAGUUUGGUGUUAGAAAUAGUGGGAACAAACGUUAGUACUACAUAUAUCACAUGUCCAGCCGAUCCGAAGAGAACGCUGGGCAUUAAACUCCCUUUCCUCGUUAUGAUAAUCAAGAAUCUGAAAAAAUACUUUACAUUUGAAGUGCAGGUUCUAGAUGAUAAGAAUGUCAGACGACGUUUCCGUGCAAGCAACUACCAAUCAACGACUCGUGUUAAACCAUUCAUUUGUACAAUGCCAAUGCGUCUGGAUGAAGGGUGGAACCAGAUACAAUUCAACCUUUCCGAUUUCACAAGGCGUGCUUAUGGAACUAAUUAUGUUGAAACACUCCGUGUCCAAAUCCACGCCAACUGCCGAAUAAGACGGGUUUACUUUUCCGAUCGUCUCUACUCCGAGGAUGAACUUCCCCCUGAAUUUAAGCUUUUCUUGCCCAUUCAGAAACCUGUUCCAAAUCGUUAAGUCAGCCAAACGUUUGAAGCUUCAUAAUUAUCAUGUAUACUUCAAUGCAAUUAUGUGAAUGCAAUAUUGAUAAUUCUCUUACAAUAAAAAUUCGUGACAGCA